CAAAAUGGCGACAUCUCUGCGCUGUCUGAGCUCUCGCGCGACUCGUCUUAUUUGCGCGAAUUCCAGGCGGAACAUCACGCUGUCAGCAUGCCGACAGGAGAUGUUCAGUAUCCAAGACGAGAAAGACUUCAAAGAAAAAGUCAUCGCGAGCGAUAGACCAGUUGUUGUCAACUUCAAAGCAAGUUGGUGUGGACCGUGCAAGAUGCUCACUCCCAGACUAGAGAAGAUCAUGGAUACCCGCAUGGAUACGAUGCACUUCGCCAGAGUCGACAUCGACGACAACGUGGAGAUAGCGAUGGAGUACUCGAUUGAUGCCGUGCCGGCCAUAGUAACAUUCAAAGGAGGGAAAGUUGUCGACAAAGUCAUUGGAUUGAAAGACGAUGAUCAACUCAUAUCCAUGGUCGACAAACUCAAUAAUUAGUCAUAGGAAUAAAAUGACGAGGCAAAUUCAAUUUUUU